AUCCUAAUGCUUCAAAUACUCUUUUCUUUUAUAAAUAUACAUACCGUAGAGAGACUCAGAUUUUCCUAAAGCAAUAUUCAAGGUUCUAAACCUCCAGAGUUAGUUUCAGUUUUUUGCCUUUACCUUUUCCAGUUUCCGAUCAUCAAUCAAUCAGUUAAAGUUUAUUGAUUGAAACUGUAAUCUGAAACAAUGCCUGGAGGAGUAAUGAAUAUCGAAACCGGCGCUGGUGUUGAAUUCGCCGGCAAACUUACUACACAGGUUAUAAUUUGCAGUCUAAUUGCAGCAUGUGGAGGUUUCAUGUUUGGCUAUGAUAUUGGAAUAUCUGGAGGAGUGACAUCCAUGGAUGAUUUUCUGCUAAAGUUUUUCCCAACUGUGUAUCAUAAAAAGCACGAAGUGAAAGAAAACAAUUACUGCAAAUACGACAACCCGUAUUUGCAGCUAUUUACGUCGUCGCUUUACCUAGCAGCCAUUGUGGCUUCGUUCUUUGCUUCCUUUGCAUGCAAGAAAAUAGGAAGAAGAUGGACUAUGCGGCUAGCUUCUCUUUUCUUUUUGAUUGGAGCUUGUUUGAACGCUGCUGCAAAGAACCUUGCCACGUUGAUUGCUGGAAGGCUUCUCCUUGGUGCUGGAGUUGGAUUUGGUAACCAGGCCGUUCCACUGUUCAUAUCAGAAAUUUCACCGGCAAGGUACAGAGGAGCACUCAAUGUGUUAUUUCAGAUGCUGAUCACCAUCGGAAUCCUGCUGGCAAAUCUAAUCAACUACGGGACCUCCCGUCUGGUGCCGUACGGAUGGAGGAUCUCACUAGGAGGAGCAGCUGUUCCCGCACUACUUCUCAUGAUCGGAUCGAUAAUCAUCGUGGAAACCCCGACAAGCCUGAUCGAGAGAGGCCACAAAGACAAAGCAAUUGAGACUCUCAGGAAGAUCAGGGGAGUGAAAGACGUGGAAAGAGAGUUCGAAGAGAUAUUGGAAGCCACGGAGCAGGCCAAACAGGUCAAGAACUCGUUCGGCAACCUCAUGAAGAGGCAUAACCGGCCAAAGCUUUACUGCGCCGUCCUCCUUCACAUGCUCCAGCAGCUCACCGGCAUCAACAUCAUCAUGUUUUACGCCCCGGUGCUGUUCCAGACCAUGGGAUUCGGCAGCGAUGCUUCUCUUUUGUCCUCUGUUGUUACCGGUUUGGUCAAUGUGUUCGCUACAACGGUUGCUAUUGUUACUGUGGAUAAGUGGGGAAGAAAAAAAUUGCUUGUUGAAGGUGCAAUUCAGAUGCUUUUGGGCCAGCUUGCGAUGGGGAUAAUUCUUGCAAAAUCCUUGCAUUCCACAAACGAAAUGCCAGACACGCUUGCCAAGGUGGUGGUGGUUUUGGUGUGCGUUUUCGUGACCGGUUUUGCAUGGUCAUGGGGUCCAUUGGGAUGGUUGAUUGCCAGUGAAAUGUUCCCACUUCCGAUCAGGAAUUCCGGUUACUUCUUCGCCGUCAGCACGAACAUGUUGUUCACAUUCAUCAUUGCACAAUUGUUCUUGACCAUGCUGUGCCACAUGAAGUCCGGGAUUUUCUUCUUCUUCUCUGCUUUGCUCCUCAUCAUGUGCUGCUUUGCUGCUUGGUUUUUGCCUGAAACAAAAGGAAUCCCAAUCGAUGAAAUGGAAGAAAGAGCUUGGAGGAAGCAUUGGUUCUGGAAGAAGUACAGUGAAGAUGUUGUGCCUCAGGAUGCAAAGGGAGAGAUACAGAGAGCACAAUCCAAUCCGGAGGAAAAGGAAAAUUUAUGAUUUAGUUCAAAUAAUUACUUUUUCUUCUUUUUUUUUUUUUAAUUUGUUUUUAUUUAAUUAUAUGCAUUUUUUGAUUAAAGACCUCUCCUUUAAAUAGACAUUAUUAUAGUUUUUUUUUUUUUUU